AUCCGGAGGAAGGAGGCUGGUGGGGGGCUCUGAGGAAUCCACGGCCCGGGUCUCAGAGCACAGUCUGCACAGACCGCCCCGUGGGGCUCAGACAUUAUGGAGCACGGAGCCACUGGGAGCUCUGCAGCCGCUGGCGGGGCCCGGGGCACAGUCUUUAUUAAAACCUUAACUGAUGGCAUGAUGGGGGCCGUGGAUGUGUGUUGGGAUGACACCGGGGAGGACCUGAAGAGGAAGGCGAUAGAGGAAAACAUCCACCUUUACGAUGUUGACGGGUUUAGACUGAAAUUCGCAGGCAAAUGGCUGGAAGAUGCCAAGAGUCUGCGGCACCAAGGGCUGACCAAUCACUGCACUGUCGAUGCAGUGCGGCGCUUGUACAGUGGUUAUGAUCUAAGCUUCCUUCCAGCUAUGCAGAUACAGCACAUAGAAAAUGCAAAAAGAGCUGUGGCUGAUCUUAGAAAUUCCACCUUACCAAAGGAAAACUGCAAGCAGUGCAUCAGCAAGAUCCUUCCAGAGGUAACGCCAGAGAUUGUUCCAGGCACAGAGGAGAACAGGACCGUCUACAGAGCUCGCAUCCCCAGCGCUGGCUCCUUCCGCUGCUCCAAAACGGGGCUUGGCUUUGAGGUGAGCGCAGCAGUGACCGUCGAGUAUGAAUACGGCUCCUGGGCGGAGAGUCUGAGCCCAUCUGCCAGGCAGGAGUGGAUGGUCGCCGGCCCCCUGUUCCACAUCAGGGCCGAGCCUGAUACGGUGCGAGCCGUGCACCUCCCCCACUUCGUGUGCCUUGCAGCUCCAGGCGGAGGGGAUUUAAGUUCAUGCCAAAUCGCCCAUUUUGAAGCUGGCCACAUGACCCUGGAAACUCCAACAAGAAUCCAUCUCUUCCAUGUUGUCCUGGAAAAUCCCAGCUUCUCCCAGCUCGGCGUGCUUUGGAGAACGAUACGUUCGACCAUAACGUUUAUUCCCAUCCAUUCGCUUGUGCUGAUCUACCGGGCACUCAGGGCUGCAGACAUAACUCUCCACCUCUACCUGAUACCCAACUACCGCUCACUCAGGAAGGCCAUUGAAGAAGAAGAAACGAAGUGGGAGUCAAAGCUCAUUCUCAAACCUCCUCAGACCAGUGCACUGUACUUUGGAUCUCAGUAUGAGGUGUCUGGUACAUCAGAGCUAAAGAUAACACCUGACCAACUGGAGCUCUGCUAUAGAAGCCCGGCAGACCAGCAGACUUAUAUUGAGCUCUACAUGACGGAUCUGGAGGAGGAAAUCAAGCUUCACAUGAAAGACAGAAAAGAUGGGAAAUUGGUUUGGAAGACGUUUGUGAGGCCAGGGGACGUUAAAAUUCCUGCAGCAUCGUCCCAAACGCUCACAGCUCGAGGCGUGUCCUUUGUGAAGAAGCACCGGGAGCAGCUCCGUCAGCGAAUGGGAGCGAUCCAUCCCAUCCUGGCACGCUUACGGGACAUAGAGGCAAUGAACAGUGAUGAAGAGGAGGAGGUGCUUAGUAUGCAGUACGGACGAAAGGGGAUGAACGAGGCCUUACUGCAGCUGGUUGAGCGGAAGGGAGCUCAGGCCCAAGAAGAAUUCUACCAGUCUCUCAGAGACAUGGACCCUUACCUUGUACAGGACUUGGAGCAAUCCAGCUAGGGCCUGGAGAUCCCACUAACAGCCACCUGUGCUCCUGGCUGUGCCAUCGCCAGGGACCAUGGAGCAAUAUGAUUUACGUCACGUGAGGAGCUUUUCAAGCCUUCUGACACAGCCCCUGGGCCUGGGUCUCCCCACUGGGUGCCACGCUAGCAGUGCAAAGGAGCUGGAAAGCUGGCUGACCAUUCAAAAUGGGGAUUCCCCUGCAUAUCUGACUCUCUGACCCCACUCACAACGGCCCCAGGGGCCCUCCGCAACCAGGCCCAACCGAGAGCAGCCCUGACUCCUAGUCCAGACCCUUCACCGGUAAAUCAUCUGUGAUAAAUGAAAGGGGUGGGGGGUAGCUCCCUUUUAUGGAUACCCAGCCAGCCAGUUAGCUAUAAAAUCCCUCAUAGUUCUCUACUUACUUUACCUCACCUGUAAAGGGUUAAAAAGUCUCCCUGCAUAGGUAAAAGGAAGGGAGUGGGCACCUGACCAAAAGAGCCAAUGGGAAGGCUAGAACUUUUUUAAAUGGGGAAAAAACUUCCCUUUGUCUGUCUGUCUGUUGUUCUCCGGGAGAAGCAGAGAGUGGGCUGGAAGGAUGCUGGAAGAAGUUUGGGGCCAGGUUUGAAAAUCAUCUGAGUCACCUAAAAACUACUCAUGUGAAACCCCAGAUAUGUAAAUAGAUCAGGAAUGUCUAGGAAGACGUGAUUAGGUUUAUCUUUGUUUAUUUCUUUAUGCCUUUUGGACUCUUCUGUGCUAACCCCAAAUGCUUUUGUUUUGCUUGUACACUUUAAGCUGGACUUGAUGCUUAAUUCUUGUAAGUGGGUUUUUAAAAUCUCGCACUACCCUGCAUUUUCAAAUGUAUUUU